UAUUGAGAUUUAAGAUUAAACGAUGACGAGUCAACUAUAUAAAAGUAAUGGUAUAUACACCAGUUAUACCAGCACUACUGGCAGAGAUUGUAGAACAAUGGAACCAGAAACAUUGUGUUUCUGUCAACAUGGUUACAAGAACCACAAGGUUAAUUUUGAGGAGGUCCCUAAAGAACGCCCAAUAAAGUUACCAUGCCGGGUCUCUGGUUGUAAAUGUGCCAGCUUUCACUUCGUACCUCCUCUCAACUGCUGCUCGCCAAUACGCUGUCAUUGUAAACACACUCCCGACGAACAUUCAGAAUUCGGAAAAUAUAUUUGUAAAAGAGCUGGAUGUACUAGCUGUACUGGAUUUUCUAGCUCAUUCAUUUGCGGAUGUGGUGUACCCGUUAAUAACCAUAAAAUGACUAUUGAAACAGGUGAUGAGCGUGAAACAAGGCGUGGAGGAAAUGGCCAAUAGUGACGUGUUGUUUCUUAACAGUGCGAUGUACAAUGUGGUCAUUACUGCUAGUGUUCUUUUCUCGUGGUGUCGAUAUUGUUGUGCUUGUUUUUGUAUAGUUUUACACUUAAUUUAUUAUU